UUUAUUGCUAGUCUGUGCCUGCAACUGUCAAACGGACUAAUUUAUUUUGAUUUGAUUCCAAGAUUCGAAUCAACAAGGAUAGAUUGUAAAAAAAUGAUUUAUCGGCUUUAGGUUACGAAUUGUAAAAAAUAUGGCCACAGAUAAUGUAUUAAAAGAAUAUUCAGAUUCUAUAAAAUUAUUAAAACACCAAUGUUUCGAUGCCGGUCUAAGUGAAGAAGAAUUUCGCAAUCUAUAUUUUAAUUCUUUAGAAUCGCUACAUUCAAAGCAACACAAACAAAGUCGGACUAUGAUAAUGAAAAAACAUAAACUUUUAUUAAUAGGAAUGCUUAUGGCAGGAUUUUGCAUUUAUAAAUAUGCUACUUUAUACUCCUAUAUAAUAUGUAACUUGCAAGAUUACAUUUACCCAGGCCUACGUUUUUUAAGAAAGUUAUCAAUACCUUUUAUCUCACUAUUUCCCUCAUUAUCUGAAUAUUACCAUGAAACAUGCAUAAUACAGAAUCCUUUCUUCACUAUAGCCGACAUGGACUGCUGGCCUUGUAGCACAGUGAAUAAUGUUAGGGAAAUUUAUAAGCCUACCAAACCUGUCAAUUCACAGCAAAUUUCACCUUUUGUGUAUUUGACCGAUCAGCAAGUGAUAAACAUGAUAGCACUAAAAGAUAUUUACUUUCAAAACAAGCAGUUGUUUGAUAAAGAGGCGAAAUUCAACAGCAUGCCUCUUGCAAGAAUACUGCGACAAUAUAUUCCUAGACCAAAAGUUGUACCAAAAUUUGGUCAAAGUACAGAAAGAUUUAUCAUUAUGGACUCAAGUAAAAAAAGCUUUAAAGUGCCUGAUACAGAAUGCACUUUUUCAUUUCUACUAUCCCUAAGUGGAGACAGAAAUGUGCACCUUGUGCCCGCUGAGGAAUGUAAACAUCAAUGUAAAUCAUUAAAAGUAGAAUUAAAGGAAACUUUUUUAUUAUGGUAUAAUUGGUGGUAUUGGAGGCCAGUUAUUCAGCCAACUUCUAGCAAUGAAACGUUUAUAGCACAUGUUGGAUCAUAUUGCUAAUUUAAUGUAGUAAAUGGAAAUUGAGUAAAACAAACUAUAUGGGAAUGUACAAAACACCAAUUUAUUAACAAUUAUAUUAACAUAAAAAUUAAAUAAAAUUUACUACAAAUAAUCUAAAGCUUUUUCAUUAUUCAAACUUUUCCUUUAGUUUUUCCUUUAGCAGCACUGGUAUCAAAGAUACCAAAGCAAAUACACUUAGGAAAAUAACUGAUGUCCAUGACCAAGCAUCACUAGUGGAUGUUAAUGUAUGGAGUGUCUGACCUGCUUGUAUGGCAACAAAUGACGGUGGUGCCACACCUUGAACAAAAAAUAAAUACAUUUUAUCAAUUAACUACAUCAGAAUACAUAACUACAGCACAAAACUGUUUCGGUUUACUGAUAAAUGUAAAGAUGAUACCUGUUUUUUUACUUUUUGUGACAUUUAUUUCUGAAAGUGUUUACAUUGGUAAUUUUUUUCUAUGUACAUUACAGCAAACUUAUUUAUUGACAAAAGAAUUAUCUGCUUUGUUAUUUUUAAAUUUGUAAUUUAAAAUAACACAAUAGCAGGGUUCGUAAUUAUCAAGAUAAUUAUAAUGAUAAAUGUCUGAUAAUUAUCCAUAGUUACUGGCAACAUUUUUUUUAAAUACAGAAAGGCAUUCAUAAUUGAAUUAACUUUUAUUUUUGUCAUUUUAAAUUAUAAAAAUAUAUAUAUAAAAAUCAACUGUGCAGUCACAUAGAAGAAAAAGUGAAAUGAAAAUAUUUUUUUAAUAAAAAGGCCUUUAAUUUUUUUUUUUUUGUUUUGUAGGUUUAUUCUUAUCAAUUUUCUGUAUUAAAAAAGUUAAAAGAUGAUUCCCUUUUGAUUACAAGUCCUAAAGUACAAAAAGAGUUUUUGUAGUGUUUUAUAAUUAUCAAGGUAUAUUUAUCACGAUAAUUAUCACUCCAACCUUGCAUAAAA